CAAAUUGUCUAUUUCUCUUAAAAGGGAAAGCAAGAAGAAAUAGAAUCGAAUCUUAGGAAAGAACGAAAGAAAGAAAGAAAGAAAAUCAAAUCAAACCCAAACGAAGAAGAAGAGAAGAACAGGGUAUCUCCUCUGUUCUCCUCUUCCAUCAAACCCAAGCCAGGGUUUUCUGUAGCCCCAGAUUCAAACAGAAAGCUCCUUUUUGGUUUGCUGUUGUUGAUUUAUGUAUCUAAUUGCUGCUGCUGCUGCUGAAGGGGAUUGGAUUCUCAACAUACCCAAUUCAAGACGUAGAUGGGAUAAGGAGUUUUCCCAGCUUCAAAGUGGGUAGGAGUUUUCGCGCCUCAAUCAGAUUCAUAGAUUCACAUCAUUUGUGUUGUUGUUUUUUCGGAAUGGAUUCUUCACAAGGCUCCACAUUGGCUGGUUUGGUGGACAAUGCCUCCAUUCAGAGGGACCAAUCUUGUUUUGAUGGUGUUCCUGUCUAUGUUAAGGAGCUUGUUGCCGGAGGUGUUGCCGGUGCUCUUUCUAAGACCGCCGUCGCGCCUCUCGAACGGGUUAAGAUACUCUGGCAGACAAGGACAGGAGGAUUUCACACUCUUGGUGUUUGCCAAUCUUUGAAUAAGUUGGUAAAGCAUGAAGGUUUUCUAGGAUUAUAUAAAGGAAAUGGAGCUAGUGCUGUCCGGAUUGUUCCGUAUGCAGCCUUGCAUUUUAUGACAUAUGAGCGGUAUAAAAGUUGGAUCUUGAAUAAUUGUCCCGCGUUAGGAUCAGGUCCUUUUAUUGAUCUUUUAGCUGGCUCCGCAGCCGGAGGAACUUCAGUUUUAUGUACAUACCCCUUGGAUCUUGCUCGUACCAAACUUGCUUAUCAGGUGAUAGACACAAGAGGAACUAUCAAAGAUGGUAUAAAGGGAGUUCGUCCUCAACCUGCACAUAUUGGGAUUAAAAGCGUGCUGACAAGUGUCUAUAGGGAAGGGGGAGCUCGUGGACUUUAUAGGGGUGUAGGACCAACCAUUACUGGAAUUCUUCCGUAUGCUGGUUUAAAGUUCUACACGUAUGAGAAAUUGAAGAUGCAUGUUCCUGAAGAACAUCAAAAGUCCAUUUUGAUACGCCUUUCUUGUGGAGCUCUAGCUGGAUUGUUUGGACAGACCCUAACCUACCCUUUAGAUGUUGUCAAGAGACAGAUGCAGGUUGGAAGCCUGCAAAAUGCAGCUCAUGAAGAUACCAGAUACAGAAAUACAUUAGAUGGUCUUAGGAAGAUUGUUCGUAAUCAAGGGUGGAGACAGUUGUUUGCAGGCGUAAGCAUUAACUAUAUAAGGAUUGUCCCGUCCGCCGCAAUCAGUUUCACAGCAUAUGAUACGAUGAAGGCUUGGCUUGGCAUACCGCCCCAACAAAAGUCUCGAUCAGUUUCGGCAACAUAAUUGUUCAGUACUCACUAGUGGCACCUUCUGAUUGACUCCAUUUUUACAGGGAUGUCUCCUACAACAGUAUUAUACAUGACUUCCAAAAAUUGCUGUUUUAGUGGAAUCCCUUGUGAAGUUGUGAUUAUUACUCAAUUUUUUGGUCAUAUGUAGAAAAUUUCUUCACAGGGCUUCUCAUUAUUUCUUCAUCAUAAUUGUAAGUUAGUUGAUUUGUCUGAAACUCUGGUUACUAAUCAAUAGGAAAGUAUUUUGUCUACAUGAAUAACUUCUAAUGUUGUGCAUAAACACAAAUUCUAAUUGUCCCUAUCACUUGGAUUAAAGUGACAAAGAGUUCCUAAUGCUUAUAUUUGUACAUCGUUGUUAUUCAUGUUGAGAAGUCCCACAUUUAGUAGAUGCAUUUAACUAAGCAAAACAGCCUAGGAUUGGUCAGUGGGAGCCUCCACCUUCAAACAUUCUGAAAUUCAACGUAGAUGAAGCUUCAAAAGGUAAUCCGGGGAAGAGUGGUGGUGCACGGUGAAAUCAUCAGAAGCAUACAUAUAUUCUUGGCUGUUGCCCUAAACAGGUUAGCUUUUUAUUGACAUAUGUAUUGGCUAUCUAUAAUGCCAUGGUUUUCUGCCAACAAUUCAAGCAAAGAAAUGUUAAGAGCGAUUCAUCGCCUGCAGUUGGGUGGGUAAAGAAACGAAACAAGAGACCUUGGAAGUUACAGAACAUUUUAAAUUUGAUUGAUCAUUUAGGAAAAGAAAUUCAUUGUAAGGAUGUGGUUGUGAUUAGGGAAUGCAAUCAAUUUGCUGAUUUCGCGAACUUCGGGCAUAUUGUGGCAACUUAUAAAUUUGCCAUGUCUGUGUAAUCUUUUCUUGAGAUGAUCUCUAAGCAUUUCAAUGAAAUAUUGAUUUUUUUUA